GCCGGGUGGGGCGGGCGGCGCGGGGACGCCGAGCCCCCGCCAGCGCCGUGCGCCCUGUGCCCGCAGCGCCGGCGCCCCCCAUGCGCCAGGCGGCCGGCCGGCGGCGUCGGGGGGCGCCAUGGCCUCGGCGGCGGCGGGCGAGACGGAAGAGACCACCCGGCUGCGCAAGCCGCGCUUCUCGUUCGAAGAGAACCAGAUCCUGAUCCGCGAGGUGCGCGCCCACUACCCGCAGCUCUACGGCGCGCAGAGCCGUCGGGUGAGCGUGGCCGAGCGGCGGCGUGUGUGGGACGGCAUCGCCGCCAAGAUCAACGGCAUCACCAGCUGGAAGCGCACCGGCCAGGAGGUGCAGAAGCGCUGGAACGACUUCAAGCGCCGCACCAAGGAGAAGCUCGCCCGCGUGCCGCACUCCACGCAGGGCGCCGGGCCCACCGCCGAGGACGCCUUCUCCGCCGAGGAGGAGACCAUUUUUGCCAUCCUGGGGCCCGGCGUGGCGGGGCCGGGAGCUGCUGCAGGGGCCGAGCAGCCCCCCGCGGCCGCCUCCUCGCAGCCGCCGGCCCCGAGCGCCUGCGCCCCGCGCUGUGUGUUAUCCGAGGACCGCAGGGAAGACCGACGGGCAGAUACACCAGCCCACAGCAAGGGGGGAUCCAGCAGCCCGGAGCCCUGGGCCCGGCCCUCCUGUACUCCCCAGGAAGGGGGCUGCCCGCCACCCAAGGAGCGUGAGUCCUCGCCCCCUCCAGCCCUGCAGGCCGUCCAACUGCCCCGCCUGGCCUUGUCUCCACCGCCCCCACCGCCGCCCCCGCCCAACCCCUCGGCCCCAGACCCUUCCCUGGACUUCCUGCGGGCCCAGCAGGAGACUGCCAACGCCAUCCGGGAGCUGGCUGGCACCCUUCGGCAGGGACUGGCCAAACUGAGCGAGGCCCUCAGCGCCCUGCUGCCCCUUCUGCCUGGAACGCCAGUCGACCCGCUACCCCCACCUGUGCCCCUGCCACCGCCCCCACCUCCACCCCCCAGGCCCGUCCUGCCCCCACCCACCCCCAAGCUGGAGAUCACCCCCGAGCCCGUGUCUGUGGUGGCUGCUGUCGUGGACGGGAACGUGGUGGCUGCCAGGGGGGUGAUCAUCGCCCCUAGGAGCGAGGAUGGGGCCCCCCGACCUCCCCCAGCCGCACUGCCUCCCCACGACUCCCCGCCACACAAGAGGAGGAAAGGUUUCCCUACACGGAAGAGGCGGGGGCGAUGGAAAUCGCCGUGAAACCUGCUGUGGGGUUCCAGCUUGUCUGCGCUGCCGCCUGCGCCUCCUCGCCCCAGCUUAGCCCAGCGGAGGAGGGCCACGCCCCUUCCCCAGCCCGGCUGCACUCGGCUCCCUGCUGCGGGGCACGAGCACCCCACUCCCCGUACUAGUUAGUGCCUGAUUCUCGGGGGGCCUCGUUGCUGGGCCCCCCAGCCCUUUCUCCAGUACAGCGCUGUCUGCCUGGCUGCUUCCCUGAACCCUGACUUCUAAGCCAUCAAUUUUACGUUAUUUAUUAUUGCCCUUUGUGGGUUGCAGAGGGAACCUCUGGGGGCUGCACACACCCCCUCCCUAACAACAACUGGCCUUGACUUGAAGAGAAGUGACCUGUGGGGGCCUCCCCACCUCCCCAACCCAGACUUUGGAGGGGGAGGGGGUUGCCAGACAAAUCAGAAUAUGGAUGACAAAGAGGAUACAGCAGUCCUACCCUAGGGAGAGGGGGGCGGAGUUCUCACUGGGGAUGUAUGGGUUGGGCCCUCUGCCUCCCAUUGCUGUCUCUGACUUCCAGAGCUCAACUCCCUCCUGUCUCUCCAGUGAUGACGAGAUAUCAAUAAACUUAUUUUUAAUACAAUUACUUGGGGCGCUGUCUGAGACAGGCUGGGGUUCCAGCAUCAAGACCUGCCCCACCCCCUCCAUGGGCAGGUGACACCCCCUUGAAGUUGGAGGUUGGUGGUUUCCAGCCAUUUUUCAGAUCUUAUUCCUAUGUUGUCAUCCUUCAGGUACCAGCCUAAAUGUCACCUCCUCCAGGAGGACAUUCUGGAUUCCCUCUCCCAGGCUAGGAUGGGUCUGCUUCUUAGAGUCCCUCUCAGUGUCCUGUGGUUCUUUUUCAUAGUGUCCCUAAAUGAACAAGUGCCUUUAUGGGUUUUAGGCAUGUUUCCCCCAUAGUUUCAUGAAGGCAGGAGCUGGUUCGCUUUUUGACUCCGAAACCGGCUGCAGAGCCUGUAGCAAAAGUAUGUAAUCACCA